ACCAGGAUGGAAGGAAAACUCUUAAUAUACAGUCAUAUCCUCUUUAUUCUCAUGGAUUUGACAUCUGGUGUGACCUACAGCAGACUGAAUGGAGACGUCACACUCACACCAGCCAUCAGGGACACUUGCGAAGAGAUCCUCUGGAAACACAACAACGACAAAGUCAUCGAGUUGGUCAGAGGUCAAGGAAUCAGGGAGUUCGGUAAAUUGAGAGGGAGGACGACGCUGAACCAGGAGACAGGAGAACUCAGAGUGAGGAACCUGGAGAAGAGACACUCUGGACGGUACACAGCCGAGGUGCUGGUGGAAAAGAGGCUCCAGUACUUCACGUUUAAUGUGAUGGUCAUUGGCGAGUGUGCGGCCACACUGUUACGCUACGCUGUGACCCGACCAACAGUGCAGUGUGAGCAGAGGGAUUCUGUAGGGAUUCUACGCUGUCACAGCGAAGGAGAGAUGGGAAAGUAUCGGUGGGAGGGGCCUAAUGAUUUAUUAAGGAACUGGACCGAUCAGCCAAUAGAACUACAGGUCAGCAGCUCUGACUCCGCAUACACCUGUGUGGUGAAGAACCCUGUGAGUGAGGAGAGCAGUGAGGCCUUUCCUGCUGAACGCUGCUUUAAAGAACGUUCUGCUGUCGGUGCUCUUAUUGCUGUCGUCACUGUUACUGCUGCUGUUGGUUUGAUCGCUGGGGCUUACUGUGUUUACCGCAGAAGAGCAACAGCUUUUGCUGACCAGGAGGAAGGGAGGAAGCUACCGGAGCGCAUGGGGCCUCUGUGCCAGCGGGGGUGGAAACGUAUUUGGGAACCAGGUCAGAAACGUGAAUACAUUCACAGCUGA